UCGCAUCGCAUCGCAUCUAUGACUGGAGAGUGUAUCUUUGCUUGCAUCGCAUAUAUGGUCAUUAUACGUGUAUAAAUACGCGCCUAAUAGGCUAGGCACACAUCUCUGAUCUGCUAGCUAGUACAGUACAUAUCCAUCUAUCCGUCUGUUAGAGUAAAAAUUCCCCAUUUAAUUAGGAUCGAUCGAUUGGAUUGAAGCUGGCGAUGGCGAGCGGCGUGUGCCCUCCUGCGGAGCUGGGGUUCGGGGCGGAGUACUACUCGGUGGUGAACGGGGUGUGCAGCCGCGCCGGCAGCUACUUCGGCGGAAGGCCGGUGCUCACGCAGGCCGUCGGGUACGCCGUCGUGCUCGGCUUCGGCGCCUUCUUCGCGCUCUUCACCUCCUUCCUGGUGUGGCUUGAGAAGCGUUACGUCGGGUCGCAGCACACGUCGGAGUGGUUCAACACGGCGGGGCGCAGCGUGAAGACGGGUCUGAUCGCCAGCGUGAUCGUGUCGCAGUGGACCUGGGCCGCCACCAUCCUGCAGAGCUCGAACGUGGCAUGGCAGUACGGGGUGAGCGGGCCAUUCUGGUACGCCAGCGGCGCCACCAUCCAGGUGCUCCUCUUCGGCGUGAUGGCCAUCGAGAUCAAGCGCAAGGCCCCCAACGCCCACACCGUCUGCGAGAUCGUCCGCGCCCGAUGGGGCACCCCCGCCCACCUCGUCUUCCUCACCUUCUGCCUCCUCACCAACGUCAUCGUCACCGCCAUGCUCCUCCUUGGCGGCUCCGCCGUCGUCAACGCCCUCACCGGAGUCAACGUCUACGCCGCCAGCUUCCUCAUCCCGCUCGGCGUCGUCGUCUACACACUCGCCGGCGGCCUCAAGGCCACCUUCCUCGCCAGCUACAUCCACUCCGUCGUCGUGCACGCGGUGCUCGUCGUCUUCGUCUUCCUCGUCUACACCUCCAGCUCCAAACUCGGGAGCCCGCGUGUGGUGUAUGAUCGCCUCAUGGCCGUCGCCAGCGCCGCGCGCGACUGCUCCGCCGACCUCUCGCGCAACGGCCAGGCGUGCGGCCCCGUCGCCGGCAACUUCAAGGGCUCCUACCUCACCAUGCUCAGCUCGGGGGGGCUCGUCUUCGGCAUCAUCAACAUCGUCGGCAACUUUGGAACGGUGUUCGUAGACAACGGCUACUGGAUGAGCGCCAUCGCCGCCCGGCCAUCCUCCACCCACAAGGGCUACCUGCUGGGCGGCCUCGUGUGGUUCGCCGUUCCCUUCUCGCUGGCCACCUCGCUCGGCCUCGGCGCGCUCGCCCUGGACCUCCCGCUCACCGCCGCCGAGGCAGCCAAGGGCCUGGUGCCCCCGGCCACCGCAACAGCGCUCAUGGGCAAGUCCGGCUCCGUCCUGCUACUCACCAUGCUCUUCAUGGCCGUCACAUCCGCCGGCUCCGCCGAGCUGGUGGCCGUCUCCUCCCUCUGCACCUACGACAUCUACCGGACGUACCUCAACCCGGGCGCCUCCGGCAAGCAGAUACUCCGCGUGUCGAGGGCCGUCGUGCUCGGCUUCGGCUGCUUCAUGGGGGUCCUCGCCGUGGUGCUCAACGUGGCGGGGGUGUCCCUGGGGUGGAUGUACCUGGCCAUGGGAGUCAUUGUGGGAUCCGCAGUCAUCCCCAUCGCCCUGCUGCUGCUGUGGAGCAAGGCCAACGCGGUGGGCGCCAUGGGCGGCGCGGUGUCCGGCUGCGCGCUGGGCGUGGCCGUGUGGCUCACGGUGGCCAAGGUGCAGUACGGGCGCGUGAACCUGGACACCACAGGUCGGAACGCGCCGAUGCUGGCGGGCAACCUGGUGUCCAUCCUGGUGGGCGGGGCGGUGCACGCGGCGUGCAGCCUGCUGCGCCCGCAGCACUACGACUGGGGGACCAGCCGGGAGAUGAUCACCACGGUGGAGAGCGUGCAUGCCGCGCUGGACGACGAGCUCAAGGAGGAGCGCCUGGUGCACGCCAAGCGUUGGAUCGUCAGGUGGGGCCUCGUCUUCACCGCCGUCAUCGUCGUGGCGUGGCCUGCGCUGUCUCUGCCGGCGAGGAGGUACAGCCUUGGCUACUUCACGCUGUGGGCCGCGGUGGCGAUCGCGUGGGGGACUGUGGGCUCGGUCGUCAUCAUCCUUCUGCCGGUGGCCGAGAGCUGGACCACCAUCACCAAGGUCUGCGCCGGCAUGUUCACCAACGACGCUGUGUACGACCGCCUCGACGACGUCAACCUCCGCCUCCGCGCCAUCAUGGGCGCCAUGCCCGAGGCUGAGAAGCGCUACCGCCAGCUACACGAGACGGAGAUGCACCCUGCCGGAACCCAUCCGGCCAACGACGACGACGACGACAAUAAUAAUAAUCAGAUGAUGCACUCCUGAUUCCAUCCAAUCAUCCAUCCAUCCAUCCAUAGACUAAUUAAGAUUUCUACGUACUACAUACUACUCGUACGUACACUUUUUAUAUACACACAUAUAUGUAUGGAGAGCCCAUAUAAUUAAAAAAGAGUGUGCAUCAGCAGCGUGUGCAUGAUAGUGAACACGUUUUGUGUAUACUACAAAAUAACCGAUGUUUCUCGUUAGCUGAUAUGUUGGUUGAUAAUAAACAGGCAGCCUACGUCAUCUUCAUCUUCU